GUGUCCCAACAGGCGGCUGUUAUUUAUAUAAAGUGCGCCGCCCCACCAUGUAAAGUGUUUAUCUGUAACUGGACUCCGAGUGCUGGCUCCGCGUCUCCUCACCUAGACAGGAGAGAUGGUCACCUACAGGGUCACGGUAGCCACUGGAAUGUCAGAAUACUCGGGAACCGACGACUACGUCUAUGUCACUCUAGUGGGAGAGCGAGGGUCCAGCAAGAGAACUCUCUUCGACGAGCAGCUGUACGAUGACCUGAAGAGGGGGAACGUGCAUGAAUACGGGGUGGAAAGUGAGAAGGACCUGGGUUGCAUCUGGUGGGUGCAACUGGACAAGGAGAAGUUCCUGAUGGGGGACAAUUGGUUCUGCCGCUACGUGAUGGUGCGGACGCCUUCGGGAGAGAGCCUCGUCUUCCCCUGCUACAGAUGGUUGUGUGACAAUGACAGUGUCUCUCUCCGGGAAGGAUCAGCUAAGCGACCCAUUGAUGACACGUUACCCGUCUUUCAGUUGCAUCGUCAGAGGGAGCUCGAGGACAGACAGAAGCUCUACAGAUGGAAGGUUUGGAAGACUGGCGUCAGUAAGUGCAUUGACGCUGAAACCAAGGACGACCUCCACCCGGACGUCAAGUUCGAUGACAACCAGCGCGCCGACUUUGAGAACUCCUUGCAAUUGGCUUUAGGGGAACUGUUCCUGAAGAAGCUUGUGAAUAUGUUCGAAAGCCCAUGGGACAGUCUAGAAAGCUUUCAGAGGAUAUUCUGGAGAGUCAAGAGUGCCAUAGGAGUCUACGUGGCGAAACAUUGGAAGGAAGACUGGUUCUUUGGGUACCAGUUCAAAAAUGGUUGCAAUCCCUGCUUGAUCGAGAGAUGCACGGAGAUCCCAAAGAAAUUCCCUGUGACAGACACCAUGGUCAACCAGUUCCUCGGAUGCUCUACACUGGCACAGGAAAUGAAGAAAGGGAACAUUUACAUUGUGGACUACAAGAUCUUGGAUGGAACUAUUGGAAAUGUGAUUAAGGGGAAACAGCAAUACGUGGCAGCCCCCCUCUGUCUGUUGUUCCAGGACCCCCAGAACAGUCUGAUGCCUCUGGCCAUCCAGCUUGGGCAGAACCCUGGGCCCAACAAUCCCAUCUUUCUGCCCUCGGAUCCGGAGAACGUCUGGCUGCUGGCCAAGAUCUGGGUGCGGAGCUCCGAUUUCCAGAUACACCAGUUGGGCUUCCACCUGUGUGGGACUCACCUCCUGGAGGAGGUGUUCUGCAUCGCCACGUUGAGGCAGCUUCCUGCCGUGCACCGCAUCUUCAAGCUGCUGAUUCCACAUACGAAGUACACACUGGAGAUAAACACAAGAGGCAGGAUUGCACUCGUGGGCGAGAAUGGUAUCGUUGCCAGAGUAGUGGCUUCAGGUGGCCCUGGCAUGGAUGCAUUUGCCCAGAAGAUCUUUAAGUCAUUCACCUACAGGUCCAUAUGUCUCCCUGACAACUUGCAGGACCGUGGAGUCCAGGGGUUGAAGGAAUACUUCUAUCGGGAUGAUGGACUCCAAAUCUGGGGUGCAAUCAACAAGUACGUGAAGAACAUCAUGGGGCUCUACUACAAGAGUGACUCCGAUGUACUUGAAGACGUGGAGUUGCAGGCUUGGCUGAAGGAUGUGGUCCAAGAGGGAUUUUCAGAGCUCCCUGGAAUUGGCAUCCCGACAAGCUUUCUGACCAGGGAGGAGCUGUUCAAAUUCCUCACCACGGUGAUCUUCAUCGCUUCUGCCCAGCACGCUGCGGUGAACAAUGGUCAGUAUGAUUGGAGCUGCUGGGUGCCAAACUCGCCUUGCACCAUGAGGAAGCCUCCACCCUCCUCCAAGGAAGACCUCUCAAUCGAGCAGCUCAUGGACACGCUACCCGAUAUGAGUCAGUCCGCUCUUCAGAUGGCGUUCGCAUGGCACCUGAGUCGGCCUUUACCCAACAAGAUCCUCCUGGGCUCUUACGAGGAGGAGCACUUCACUGAACCGGAUGCUAAGCAGAUCAUAGCGGAGUUCCAGCAGGAUUUGAAGGAGAUCGAGCAACGGAUUGAGGACCGAAACCAGAAUCUUGAACUCAAGUACCAAUAUCUGCAGCCUACUAGCAUCGAGAACAGCAUUAGUAUUUGAGAUCGACUCUCACCAGGUCCCAAACACUCACCACUGGGACCCUCCCCACAUACCACCCACUCACCACAGAGACCCACCCACAUCCCACCCACUCACCACAGAGACCCACCCACAUCCCACCCACUCACCACAGAGACCCUCCCCACAUCCCACCCACUCACCACAGAGACCCACCCACAUCCCACCCACUCACCAGAGAGACCUUCCCCACGUCCCACCCACUCACGACAGAGACCCUCCCCACAUCCCACCCACUCAACAGAGAGAUCCUGCCUACAUCCCACCCACUCACCAGAGAGACCCUCCCGUCAUCCCAUCCACUCACCACAGAGAACCGCCCCACAUCCCAGGCACUCACCAGUGAGACCCUACCCACAUCCCACCCACUGUGACCCUCCCCACAGAGACCCUCCCCACAUCCCACCCACUCACCACAGAGACCCUCCCCACGUCCCACCCACUCACCACGGAGACCCUCCCCACGUCCCACCCACUCACCAGUGCGAUUCUCCCCACUUCCCACCCAUUCACCACUGAGACCCUCCCCACUUCCCACCCACUCACCACUGAGACCCUCCCCACUUCCCACCCACUCACCACUGAGACCCUCCCCACAUCCCACACCCACUCACCAGAGACCCUCCCCACGUCCCACCCACUCACCAUUGAACCUUCUAGUCCUGCUAGAUAAUAGUACCCCUUACUUCAUGGGCUCUGUUUUAGGGGGUGGGGUGUCACCUUUCACCCUCAGCCUAUGACAUCUGAUUCUAGUCUAACUCAAGCUGAGGGGGAAGACAUCAGUGUAUAUUUACCCUAUCUAUACCUCUCAUAAUUUUGUAUACUUCUGGAAGAUCUCCCCUCAUUCUACGCUCCAAGAAUAAAGUCGUAAGCUAAUCAACCUUUCCCUAUACAAGAUGUCAGGGAAAAUAGAUGUUUUGACAUGGUACCGCAGUGGUUGGUGUAAAACUAUUACAGUACCACUGUCUGUCGGGAGUUUGCACUUUCACUCUGUAACCGAAUAUCAAAAAUCCAUUCAUUCCAAAAAUCCUCCAUAUUCCAAAGAUGUACAGGUCAGUAGGCUAAUCGGUCACAAGGGUGUAAUUGGGCAGUGCGAGCUCUGUGAGCCAGAAGUGUCAAUUACACUCCAGUAUCUCUUAUAAAACAACUACUCCCUCAUUAAUCAUCUUCGAAAGUCCACCUCCAAAGACUCCUUCAGGCCUGUAAAAUAUGACCUUCCCUGAACAAAGCCAUGCUGACUAUCCGUAAUAAAUCUAUGCCAUUCCAAAUACCAGUAGAUCCUAACCCUUAGAACUUUCUCUAAUCAUAUCCUGAACACUGAUGUAAGACAUAAUUUUCUGUUUUGUCUUUAUUACCUUUCUUAAGGAGAGCAGCAACAUUGGUUACUCUCCAGCCCUCUUGAUCUCACCUGUGACUCUACCGUUGUGGUCAUGGAUUAAGGUUUAGUGUUAGAGGUUAGGAUUUGGGGUUGGAGAUUUGCGGUUAGAGUUAGGAGUUGCUGGAGCUGGGGUCGGCCAAUAAGAGAGGUGAACAUUAGGGUUAGAGUUGAGGUAGUGAAAUUUUCCCAGUCUCCUACUGAUGAUCUGACUUUGUACAGAGCUAGAGGGUAGACACUAGAUGCCCACAGUGACAGUGUUGGUUGAGGAGGGUGGGCAUUUGGUAGCUAAUGGUUUCAACACAAUUCUUUAAUGCAGAACAUGGGAUUCCAAACAUUUUCUCCCUCUUUCUUGAUCACAUCCACUCGUCCCCAGCUCCUCACUACCUCAAGCCUAACCCUAAUGUUCAUCUCUCUUAAUACUAGACCCUUACAUAAGACCAAUAAGGAGAGGGGAGUGGAGAUAAAGUAGGAAUAGAAAGAGGAUGGUCCUCCUCCAGAUAUUGAAGGAUUUCUGGACUCUCACUUUUCAAGACUAGAAGAAAGGGAAGACCAUUUGGCCCUUCAUACCUGCUGUCCCAUUCACACUAUUUCUUUCACCUCCGUGCCACCUUCCCACACUGACUCUAUAACUCUUGACACAAGAGAUUCUGCAAAUGCUGGAAAUCCAGAAAAACACACACCUUGGAGGAAAUCAGCAGGUCAGACAGCAUCCAUGGAGAGGAAUAAAAAGUCUAUGUUUUGGGUGGAAACUUGGGCUCUGGCUUCUUCCCCCUUCCUUUCCACUGCUGAUGAAGGGUCUUGGCCCAAAACAUUGACAUUAUUCCUCUUCAUAGAUGCUGUCUAACCUGAUUUCCUCCAGUAUUUGGUGUGCUGCCCAUAACCCUUGUUUACCCUUCGGCUUAGAGUCAUAGCACGAUACAGUCUUGAAACAGUCCCUUCAGCCCAUCAAACUGUGCUGACCACCAAACACCUAUCUUUACACUAGUCCUGCACUAAUUUUAUUCUCACCACAUCUUCAUUGGCUCCCUCCAGAUCCUACCCAUUAAUCACACAACUUGCAGGGCCAUUAACCCACACAUCAUUGGGAUGUGGGAUGAAACCUCCAUGAUGUGGGUGGGAACCAGAGCACCAGGGUUAAAUCCACAUGUUCACAGGGAGAAAGUACAAAUUCCACACACAGACAGUACCCAAGAUCAGGAUUGAACUACGGUCCCUGAAGCUGUAUGGCAGCUGCUCUACAAGCUACACCACUGUGUCAUACCAAAUUUUUUAAAGCUCUUUAAACCGCAUCCUUCUUUAAGCUUUUUGUUGAUGAUAAGAUAAUUGAUCUCUUGCACUUACAGAAUGAGUUGGGUAAUGUGAUCAGAUCUCUCAAGGACCUUUUUAUUAAGAUUGCUAUAGAUCUUUGUAACUUUCCAAUAAUCCCUGUUAUUGAUUGAAGAAUGCAUAUUACCAUGAAUAUUUUAAAAAUUAAUUUCCUUUCCUUUCGCUACUGUUGAUAUUCAAUAAAACACAG